UUGUCUCCCUCUCCUUUCCACCAAACAUGCGUCGGUGUAGACCUUGCGCCCUUGCAGCAGCGGCAACGACGUGCUUCUGCUUGAGGUUCAGCCAAGGUUGGAACCCCGUUGCCACUCUGAACCCCGGUUUGACCUCUGCGGCGGCGAGAGCUACACCAUGGUCUCGAGCGGCUCAGGUGGCUUCAGCUCGGCCAUCCCAACACACCCGAGCGAGAGCAGCAAUUGCAGCAGCGGUAGCACCACGUGAUCCCUGGGAAGCAGCUGGACAGGAAGCGAAGGAGGGCGACGAGAAAGGGGAAAAGAAGGUUAUGCCACGCUUGAAGAUGGACGACUCUCCAAUCCCGGAAUACCUGAUCGACAUGCUUAAAGAGUCGGGAGACAUCGAUGAAGACGGCAAACCCGUGAACGACUUCUUCGAUCCGGAUGAGGACGACACGUUCGGCACUCAGAGAGAACGGGAUCGCCUCAAGGAAGAGGAACUCUACUACAACGACGUGCCAUUUGGGGACAUGCUUUUCGAGGGCAAGGCUGGCGGCGAGAAUGCGCAGGACACGGGCAGUCUCAUGGAUACCUCCAUCAACAACGCGGUAUUCGAAUAUGGUUUCCCGGUGGAAUUCUUCCUCGACAUGCUCUGCAGGUGGGGAGUUACCCUGCCGAUCAAUCAAGACCGUCGGCUGGGGGAUAUGAUCGACGCGGAGCAGGCGGCGGCACUUUGCGAAGCUCUCACGGGCUUGGAUGCUGCGGAUGUUCGGGAUAACUACCUCGACGACUCCCUGGAAGAUCUGUCGUUCGACCUGGACAUCCCUCUGCCGGAUCUUUUCCAGGCUUGCGCCGCACAAAAAAUCAACCUCCCGAAGGGCGGGGACACGCACAUCACGAUCGACGAGUACAAGCUUCUCCUGGAUACCGUUGUUGAGGGCGGGGAGACGAGCCGCGCCCGCAAGCUCUUCGACGAGAGCCGCGUGACCAACCGCUGGACGGGGCAGAAGGAGGCCAACAGCAGGGAGCUCAACCAGGAGGACAUUGCGAGGGAGAUACAGAAGAACAACGCCGGCUUCGGCUGGAGAGAAGGUCCCCCCAUCCUGGGAGACGGGGAGGGAGAGCUCCCCCUCGAGCAGGCCCACAUCGGGGGCCGGAUUUUCGGGGAAGAGAUCUUCGCGUCGGGGUACGCAGAUUCGCAGCACCCCGGGGGGUGGGAGGAAGGGGGGGAUGAGGGUCAAGACGAUAGUUUUUUUUUUGACGACUUCGGUGCGUAGAAGCAGGUAGGGAGAUGCCUGCACGAUUUUUUGUGGUUCGCGGAAGCAUGCAGCUACAACGAAGUUCCUCGUUUGGGAUACAAGUACGCAUGCAGGGGCCAAUGGCCUUGGGACGGAAGCUUGCUGAUUUGAGAAUUCCGAGUUUACCCGGGUGACCUUGUGUUUCAUGGAGGCCCGGAUGACUGGAUGCACGAUGCUACCCUUGGUGCGCGUUAUUGAAUUGGUUGUCUCCAUGGGCUUUUUGGCAGAAAAAGCAGUGUCCGGAUUCUAGUGUCGGGAUUCUAGUAUAUACUCUGAUAGACUUAGUCCUGGGUUUGGUGUAUCAUUAUUAGAUAGUACGUGGUGUUUUCUUUCUCUGGCCUUCACGAGGCUCGUUCAGCCAACAACGUCGGUACUGACCUAGCGGGUAUCGAAGGGC